AUGGCUGGAGUACGGCGGUGCACGUUGGCAGUGGUGGUGUUGAUGUGUGUGUGUCUUUGGGGUCCCACUGAGGCUGUAGGGGGGGCUAAGAGUCGACCGCGAUCCCAAAGACGACCUCCGAAGAAGCCAAAGGUCAACCCUAUAGACCUGACCCCAGCGGCACAGAACGUGGACAUGCAACAGAUGACAGGAACAUGGUACCUGCUAAGCGUGGCCUCCAAAUGCUCUUACCUGAUCAAUCAUGGGACCAAGGUGGAGCCUACAGUCAUGACGCUCACACGUCCCUCUGCCUCUGACCCGACUCUGUCUGUCAGCACUAAAACACGACAUAACCACCAGUGCUGGGAGAUAUUACAGGUCUACAAUCUAACACCAACCCCAGGCAAGCUAACGCUUAAAGGAGCUCGUUCUGAGCUGAACACUGAGAUAGUGAUCGGGGAGACGGACUACAACUCUUAUGCCAUCUUGUACUACCAGAAACACGGCAAGAUCAACGUGAAACUUUACGGAAGGUCUGUGGACAAUCUGUCCGAGCCCAUGUUGAGCAAGUUUGAGCAGCUUGCUGAAAAACUGAAUUUCGGACUGGCAUACAUCUUCCCCUUCCCCACAUACAGUCAUUGUGGUGAUGUGGACCAGGACCAUGUAAUCAACUGUGUACCCACAUGCUGA